UUCCCUCUUCCAUCAAUCCCUCCUUGUGCCUACUUGAGCCGCCGUAGUGCCGUACCUUCAGUCUUCGCGAGCUCCGAGUCCGUCGUCCUGCCGCUUCAGCAAAUACCGAUAACAUCUUCUUUUCUCUUUUUUACCGCCGACGACGACCUCUCUCUAGCAGUCUUUUCAAGAGAGUAUGGCUCUCCAACUCUUUGAUGGUAGUGACUCAGAAAAUGAUGACAUAUCAGAAGUCAAGAUAAAUGAGGAGUAUGCUCGCAGAUUUGAAUACAACAAGAAGCGGGAGGACCUCCAGCGUCUUGAAGAGUUAAAAAAGAAGGGUCUUAUCUCUUCAUCUUCAUCCUCAUCCUCAUCCUCUGAUAGUGAUGAAGAAUCUGAAUCAUCUGAUGAUGAGAAGCUAAAAAUGUCUAGAAGGGAUAAUAAGAAGUUUUUUGACUGCUUAAAUAAGGUGAAGAAGAAGGACCCUUGUCUCAUGCAAAAAGAUGUUAAGCUUUUUGAGUCAGAUGAUAGCAGUGAAGAGGAAAGCAAUGAAAUGGAGAAAGUUUAUUCUAAAAAUAAAAGUGGUAGAAACCCGAUGUAUCUGAAGGAUGUGAUGGCAAAGCAUUUGAUUGAGGAGGGACCAGAUUUUGGGGAUAUAGAAGAGAAAAGUGGUGGGAAGGAGAAUAGUAUAUCAGAAAAUAAAGAGGGGAAAAAGACUUAUGUUGAUGAGCAAGAAGAAUUGAAAAGGGCUUUUCUUAAUGCAUCAGAAAAGGAAGGUUUAAAUGAUCAUGAAGGGGAUUUUUUUGUAGUGAAGGAGAAGGCAGGUGACAAUAAAAGAGAAAGUGAUGAUGAGGAAUAUGGGAAGGAAUUGGAGAAGUACUUUAGCGAAGAUACAAAUGAAGAUGAAAAUUCCAAGUUUCUGAAAAACUAUUUCAUGAACGAGAUGUGGAUUGACAAAAAGGGGGAGAAUUUGGGUGUUGAUAAGGAAAACUUGGAAUGGGUAUCAGAAUCAGAGGAGAGUGAUCUCGAACGACAGGAAGAGUACGAAUUCAGAUAUCAAGAAAAUCAAGGAGACAGGGUGUUGGGUCAUGCUCGGAAUGUGGAAGGGUCAGUGAGGAAGAAGACAAAUGCAAGGAAGGAGCAGAGGAAGAGCAAAGAGGAGAGAAUGGCAAUAGCACAGAAGGAGAGGGAGGAGGAGUUGAAACAUCUGAAGAAUUUGAAGAAGCAAGAGAUGCAGGAGAAGGUUAAGAAGAUAAUGAAGACUGCAGGAAUUCAUGAUGACGAUCUUAUCCCAUUGUCUGUCGCAGAAAUAGAAGAGGAAUUUGACCCUGAGGAGUAUGAUAAGAUGAUGAAGGCGGCAUUUGAUGAAAAAUAUUAUAAUGCAGAAGAUGCUGACUCAGAUUUUUGUGGUGAUAAUAAUGAAAUGGAGAAGCCUGAUUUUGCGAAGGAGGAUGAAUUGCUUGGACUUCCUAAAGACUGGGACGCGUGUGGGUCUGAUGAUGGGUUUCUUGCUGCAAGGGAACGAGCAUUGAGGAAGAAUAUGGAGAAUGGCAGUGAUCAUGAACUCCAAGAGGAGGAAGAAAACAAUGAAGAACAAGUUCAUGAGGAAGGUAAGCGGAAGAGGAAGCGUAAAACAGCUCUGUUGGAGAAAGCAAGACAGGCAAUGAUGGAUGAGUAUUAUAAAUUAGAUUAUGAGGAUACCAUUGGGGACUUGAAGACAAGAUUCAAGUAUGCCAAAACAAAGCCAAACAGAUUCGGCUUGAGUGCCUCAGAAUUACUGAUGAUGGACGAAAAAGAGUUGAAUCAAUAUAUUUCCUUGAAGAAACUUGCUCCUUAUAGGGAGGAGGAAUGGAAGUUAAGCAAACGGAAGAGGUACGAGCUGAAGCAGAAGACUAAAGAGCUCCUUCAUUCAAAAAGUUUGGACAAGAAGAACAAAAAGAAAAAAUCAAGAGAUGAUGCCAGCAAGUCAAGUUCAUCAGAUAGAUUGGGAGACAGAGAUAAACCAUCUGCAGAGGAGUCAAAUGUCGAGACAAAAAGUUUAUCUCGAAAAGCCAGGAGAAAGCAAAACAUGGCUCAUCUUAAGUUUUCAUUGGCUAGGCAUAAAGCAUAUUAUGGGCAGCAACACUCUAAAUCAAAGGAUAAAAGAAAGCAAUAGAUGCUGGCAGGAGGAACCAACCAUACAAGAAACCUCGUUUGCUGGAUAUGAAAUUAUAGAGCUGGAGAUUGACAUUGCAGUUUACAAGGCCCAAAUUUCAGUUGAUUUUUAUUCAAGUUCUCGAUGGGAAUUGUUUGUGCUUGUCCUUCUCUUAAAUCUUUGUUGGGUAGCUUAGGGUAGAAGGAAUUUCUUCAUCAUGACCAGAACUUCUAGUGGGAUUCACACUUCAUUUUGACCGUUUCCUCAUGUCAUAAUUUUUAUUAAUACAAUGAGUG